GUAAACCAGGGAAAAAAUGGAAGAUUAUGACUCAGGAAUUUAUUAAUCAACAUACAGUGGAACAUAAAGGAAAACAAAUCUGUAAAUACUUUCUGGAAGGGAGAUGUAUUAAGGGAGAUCAAUGUAAAUUUGAUCAUGAUGCAGAGUUGGAGAAGAGGAAAGAGAUCUGCAAAUUUUAUUUACAAGGAUAUUGUACCAAAGGAGAGAACUGCAUUUAUAUGCAUAAUGAAUUUCCAUGUAAGUUCUAUCAUAGUGGAGCAAAAUGUUACCAAGGAGACAACUGUAAAUUUUCACAUGAUGAUCUGACUAAAGAAACAAAGAAACUUUUGGACAAAGUGUUGAAUACUGAAGAAGCUGCAAAUGAAGAUGAAAGAGAAUUAGAAGAACUUAGAAAGCAUGGCAUAACUCCUCUUCCCAAACCACCUCCAGGAGUUGGACUUCUGCCAACCCCACUAGAGCAUUUUCCCUUUUCUGAUCCUGAAGAUGGUUUUCAGACAGAUCUCUCUGAUGAUUUCAAGAAGAUUCCAUCUCUUUUUGAAAUAGUUGUAAAACCUACUGUGGAUUUAGCACAUAAAAUUGGAAAGAAGCCACCAGCAUUUUAUAACAGUGCCUCACCACCAGGACCACAAUUUCAGGAAAGCAGCCCACAUCCUCAACAUGUCUAUAGUUCGGGGUCAAGUCCAGGUCCUGGCCCUAACAUGUCUCAGGGACACAACAGUCCUGUGAUCCACCCAGGCUCCCCUGGACACUGUCCUGGCCUACCAGUGCCACAGAGCCCACCUUUGCUGCCUGGCCCCCCAGGAAUUGUGGGCCCUCACGGUCAAGCUGGAGUACUUGGUCAACCAGAUACGCCUUUGACACCACCAAAUAUGAGUGGUUCUUACCACUGCUCGGGCUUUCCAGAACAUGUAAUGAAAGUACCUAGAGAGAAUCACUGCUCUCCAGGCUCAUCGCACCCACCUGGUGAAAGGCAGCUCAGUACCAGCUAUGAUUCCUUACAAAAUCCCGCUGAGUUUUAUGAUCAUUACUAUUCACAGCAUGCUGUCCAUAAUUUUCAGCCACCCAGUCACUCUGGUGACGGGGUGUGGCAUGGUGACUUUGCCCAGCACCAGGCUCCAGUUGUUCCAGACUCACCUAACCGUGGGAGUGGGUCCGACAGCAGCAGUAAUGUGGCAGGCCAGGGCCCCCUGCCUGCACUGGGUCUCCUCCCUGCUGUCCAGAGAGCUCUUUUUGUCAGACUUACUCAGAAAUACCAAGAAGAUGAAGAACCAAGCAGCACCCAGCCUCAGAGGACACCAAGCAAGGAAGAAGAUGAAACUGUUAACUGGUACUCCAGUAGUGAAGAGGAAGAAGGGAGCAGUGUCAAGUCAAUACUGAGAACGUUACAGAAACAAACAGAGACUUUGAGGAGUCAGCAGCAGCCUUCCACAGAACCUGGCAUUCCUACUGACCCGAGACUUGCUAGAGAGAAGAAUAAAGGAAACCAAGUUGUCGACCCUAGACUCAGGACUAUCUCAAGGCAAGACAUUAAAAAAUCUUCUGAGUCUGCCCCGCUGGAUCUCAGACUUGCAUGGGAUCCCAGGAAAUUAAGAGGGAGUGGGAGCGGCCAUGGCAGUUCUGCUGCUGCUGGAGCCAAGUUUGAUUCACAUCAUGGCAACACCGGCCCUAGCAUCAGACACAAAAGAGGAGAUGAUGAUGAUGAAGAUACAGAAAGAGAGCUGAGAGAAAAGGCUUUCUUAAUACCUCUGGAUUCUUCCCCUGGUGUGAUGCUGCAUGACCCAAGGUCACAACUGAGACAGUUCAGUCACAUUAAAAUGGAUAUUACCCUAACCAAACCCAACUUUGCCAAACACAUCGUGUGGGCUCCAGAAGACUUACUACCAGUUCCUUUACCUAAACCUGAUCCAGUCUCUUCAAUCAAUUUACCUCUGCCCCCUCUUAUAGCUGACCAGAGGCUCAGUAGGUUAUGGAAUACAAAAAGUGAUCUUCGUCAAAACACAGUGUCCACUGAUACAAAACUAGCAGCCAAAGCCAAAAUUAACACAGCAAACAGAGAAGGCUACCAAGAUCAAUUUGGAGACUCACAUAGUUCCGGAAGUAAAUUAGGAGAUCCUAGGCUGCAAAAAAAUUUUGAUCCUAGACUUCACAGACUGCACAACACAGAGCCUCAUCAAGCAGUUAUGAAGGACCCCCAUAUGUCUAAGACUGCCCCUCCUUUAGGGACCAGGCCAAACCUGGGGUCAUCACAGCCCUCAGGGGCGGUACCUAGCAGUUCUGGUCCUGGGGCUUUACCUCCAUAUGCCCCCAAACUCUCAUCUUCAACUGGCCUUCCCCUGGGAACUCCGGGUUCAGUCCUUAGCGGUAUUAGUUUGUAUGACCCCAGGGAGCAAGGUUCACCCUCUACAUCAGAGCUAGCAGCAGAAAAUGCAGAGAACCAGAAAAAAAGCGGGAGUUUAAAAUGUAGUGACAAAAAUGAGCCUCCUCCUUUAGAAGCAAUCCUACCACAGAAAAUGGCUCCAAAUGUGGACGUCCCUGUUGACCGCCCAGCUGACCCACAGACGGAUGUUCGCUGGAGUUCUGGUACCGUUCAAGUCCCAGCAGUGCACAGCCUUCCAAUUCAGGCAUUAACAGGCCUAAUCAGACCCCAGUACAGCGAUCCCAGGCAGUCAAAACAUCUGGGACAGGUGAGCCCCACCCCCGGUGAUGAUCCCAGCAAAGAAACAGAUGACAAAUCUCUGAAGGAGGUUUUUAAAACUUUUGACCCAACAGCUUCACCAUUUUGUUAGCUGUUUUGUAACCAAGCAGUUAUUUUCUCUCUCCUGACUGUUGGCAGUCCCCUGCUGUUUUGUAACUGUUUUACCUCUAUAGUUUAUUUAUUUUUAAAUUAUAAACACUUUUCAGCUGCUAGUAUCAGAACCACACGAAGUUAUAUCCUCCAAAGCCUGUGGUAUUUUAUAUAGUAUUUUUAUAAUUUUAAGAGACUGUAGUCAUUGACAUAGAAACCUAUAUAUCAUGUUAGUUUCAGUAAAAGUACUUUUAUUGUAAAUAAACCAUCAUGAACUCAACACUUUGCCUGAAUAUAUGCCACUUGUCUUUCAUAAUCAGUGUUUAGAUAAAUGAUCACCACUUUUAUAUGGUUGUUAGUUUCAAGCAAUAUAAUGUACAUUACUUUUCAGAAACAGUAUUUUGACUAGGAUCCUCUCAAUUUGUCAACACAGAACUGACUAAUAUGUAAUGCUAACUGCUAGCUAAAAUGUAAAGUGAAGUAAAGAAAACAUUUUUUAAAUUUAAUAUUAGAGCAGUUCAUGUUUAAGGGCAUCACUUUUAUUAUUACUGGCAAUAUUAUUUGUGUAAAUGAAGCAUUUGAAUGUCAUAUCUUUUAAAUGUAUUUUAUGGUAUACUGUAUCAUAGAAGUUGGAGAUCUAUAAAUAGAAUGUUUUGCUAAAGUAAAAAAUUUCCAAAUUCUCUAACAUAACUUUUUAAAUUUAAUUUUUCAUAAUAGUUAUGAGUUAUUGCUGUUACGUUAUGAUGUUUAUGCAUUUUGAUGUCUUUUGUCUUUAGCAGCAUAAUAUAUAUUACUUUUUCAAAUUGUGUAGCUGCAAUAAUUGUAUUCAUCAUGACUUUGGCAGUUUUUAACAAAAUUUUAAAAGAUCCGGUGUGUCUGUAGUGAUUUAUUGCAUUGAUAAUGUUUUAAGUGUGCAGGUUCUAUAUUUUUUCUUAAAUAGCGAGAAAACACAGAGAUGGUAUAGUCAACUGUAUAUGGCUAUCAAUAAAGACUCUUUUUCAGAUCUCA